GGCUUCCUCCCCCCUUCCCCCUUCCCCGGCCGCCGCCGUCUCUCCUUUCCUCCUUUGCCCAUUCUCCUCCUUCAUACUUUUCCACACUUUAUUCUCUAUAAAUUUCCAUCCCUUUCUCCGUUUAACAAUCAACAACAACAACACACACUGCUUCUUAUAUUAUUAACUCACUUCAGCCAUGCCCGCCGCCGCCGCCGCCCCUCUUCCUUUCCUUUUCUGUUUACUUGCGGUGCUUUUUCUUCAACAUGCCACCGCUCAGACCACUCAUGAUGUUGGCGGCUCCACCGGUUGGACUGUUCCACCCAGCGGCGCUGCUUUCUACUCCGACUGGGCUGCCAAAAACACCUUCUCCGUCGGUGAUUCACUCAGAUUUGCCUUCACAACAGGAUCGCACAGCGUACUAAAAGUAUCAUCAAAAGAAUCGUUUGAGGGUUGUAAGUUUGAGAACGGCGACAGAGAUAUCAUGACGACAGGUCCGGUGACGGUGGCGCUCAACAGCACGGGCAUGCACUACUUUAUUUGCACUAUUGGCACACAUUGUUCGCUUGGCCAAAAGGUAGCCAUCAAUGUCGGCGCCACCGCUGCCGGUGGUCCGAUGUCACCCCCCGUGCCUGCCUCACAAUCACCGCCGCCGUCGCCUUCCUCCGCCAAUGCAGUGACGGCAACCCUUUAUCUCACUUUCUCCGCCGUUGUGAUGGCUCUCUUUUAGAUUGCAUUUUUCAUAAUGAAACGUCAGAUUGUUUAGAGUCCACAGAUAGUGAGGGAUUCCAUUUCUUUUGUCUUCCAAUAAAUUUGCUCAUUUUUGUCCC